CAGAUCACCUGCGGAUGGAUUUUAAAAACGCGAAUCAAGUGGAGGCAGACGGACAUGAAUCAGCUGUUGGACGGACUUUACCUGUUGUUUUUAACCCUUUCUCUCCAGGAACAUGUGGAUCAGUACCGUUUCCUCUGCGCGUUUUGAGAAUCCUAUUUUUAAACCGCGAGCAUGAAGGAGACGCGGGUGAUGCCUGCAGGUGAACACGUUAACUGAGCGAUCAUCGAAGUGCUGAAGGAACGUUCUGAGCGACUUGGACUUCACAUUUUUUUCCUUCUACUCCACUACACUUCAGAGAGACACCCGUCAGUUGGACGGUUUCUGCCUCGGUGCCGGAGAGGAUGCUCUCACAGGAAACCAAACUCACGCUAAGCUAACCGGGAUAAAUAAUUCAGCUGUGGUGGAAGUGGACUUCCUGCUGGUGCCAAAGGAUGACGGGCUCGAAGCAGGGUGCCGCUCUCCUGCUGGUUCUGCUGGUUCUGCUCGACCUUCAGCGGGUCGCUGGGCGAUCCUCUCGCCACCGCAGAGGGCACAACGAAACCCGGGCGCAGCAGAACAUCACGCUGGCCGUCAUCUUACCACAGACCAACACCAAAUACCCGUGGGCGUGGCCUCGCAUCGGGCCGGCCCUGGAGCGAGCGGUCAGAACCGUCAACGCCGACCCCACGCUGCUCCCGGACCACCACCUGACUUACGUCUUCAGGAACAGCGAGGACAAGAAUAACAUCUGCUCCGAGUCCACCGCGCCGCUCAUGGCCGUGGACCUUAAGUUCAUGUACAACCCGUGGGCUUUCAUCGGGCCGGGCUGCUCCUACGCUUCCUCCCCCGUCGGUCUCUUCACCACCCACUGGGACGUCCCGAUGGUUACCGCGGGCGCGACGGCCGUGGCCUUUCACGGAGCCGUCUACCCGUCCAUCACCAACACGGGCCCCACGCACAAAAAGCUGGGGAAGUUCGCCCUGCGGAUCUGCGAGCAGUUUGGGUGGCAGGAGCACGUGAUGCUCGUGUUCAGCGACAUCAAGGAGGGCGACCGGCCGUGCUACUUCGCGGUGGAGGGCUUGUACAUGGAGCUGACCAGCAUCAACAUCACGCUGGCGGACGGAGUGUUCGAGGAGAACAAGCCGGUCAACUACUCGCACAUCGUCUCUGAUAUCCAGAGAUACGGCCGAGUGAUGUUUGUCUGCUGCUUGCCCGACAUCUUCCGGAAGUUGAUGGUGGAGUUUCGGCGUACGGACCUUCAUCACGAGCAGUACGUCUUCUUCUUCAUCGACGUGUUCGCAGACAGCCUGAAGCACGGAGAGCCGUGGGCGCGCGGAGACGAGGACGACGCCAUCGCCAGGGACGCCUUCCAGAACGUGAAGAUCCUGACGUACCGCGAGCCGCAGAACCCCGAGUACCGAGAGUUCGUGAAGCACCUGAAGAGAGACGCCAAACAGAUGUUCAACUACACCAUCGAGGACUCUCUGAUGAACAUAAUAGCGGGGGGGUUCUACGACGGUCUGAUGCUCUACACACACGCUCUGAACGAGACCAUGUCACUGUCCGCCGGCCGGCCUGCAGGGAGGGUCGUCACCCAGAGGAUGUGGAACCGGACGUUUCACGGUGUGACGGGACUCGUACACCUGGAUGAGAAUGGAGACAGAGAGACAGACUUCGCUCUUUGGGACAUGAUCGACACCAACACCAGCGCCUUCCAGAUAGUUCUGAUGUACAACAGUUCAGAGGAGCAGCUCACAGCCAAACCUGGAACCACACUGCACUGGCGCGGUGGAGUUUGUCCUCUGGAUGUUCCCGUCUGCGGCUUCAAGAACGACAACCCUGUCUGUGCCACAAAGACGGUCACCAUCCAUCAGAUGGUCUUCACCGUGGUGUUCUUCAUCUUCACGAUGACCCUCACCGUCACCAUCUUCAUCUACAGGAGGAUGAAGUUGGAGAAGGAGCUGGUGGCUCAGCUUUGGAGGAUUUCCUGGGACGACAUCCAGAUGGGCAACCUGGACAAAGUGAUGCGCAGUGGCAGCAAGCUCACACUGUCCCUGAGAGGCUCUAACUACGGCUCCCUGAUGACUGGGGAUGGAAACAUGCAGGUUUUUGCAAAAACUGGAUAUUAUAGGGGAAACAUCAUGGCCAUCAAAUACUCCAACAGGAAACGCAUCGAGCUGAACAGGGAGGUCCUGUUUGAGCUCAAACACAUGCGGGACGUUCAGAACGAACAUCUGACGAGGUUCAUCGGGGCGUGCAUCGACCCCCCCAACAUCUGCAUCAUCUUAGAGUACUGUCCCAGAGGAAGUCUGCAGGACAUUUUGGAGAACGACAGCAUCACUCUGGACUGGAUGUUUAAGUACUCUCUCAUCAAUGACAUCGUUAAGGGCAUGGUGUUCCUCCACAACAGCGUGAUCCUCUCUCACGGGAAACUCAAGUCGUCUAACUGCGUGGUGGAUAACCGCUUCGUGCUGAAGAUCACCGACUACGGUCUGUCCAGCUUCAGGUCUGUGAGCGACUCGGGGAAGGACGCUCACUCCUACUACGCCCAGAGGCUGUGGAUGGCUCCGGAGCUGCUCCGCAUGGAGGCCCCUCCUCCUCAGGGGACCCAGAAAGGAGACGUCUACAGCUUCGGCAUCAUCCUGCAGGAGGUGGCGCUGCGUCGGGGAGCCUUUUACCUGGAGGGAGAACCCCUCAGCCCCAAAGAGAUCGUGGACCGGGUGGUUCUGGGUGAAUGGCCCUGCCUCCGGCCCACCAUCGACUCCGAGAUUCACAGCCCUGAGCUGGGGCAGCUGAUGCAGCGCUGCUGGGCGGAAGAGCCCACCGAGAGACCGGAGUUCAACCACAUCCGGGUGCUGCUGCGUAAACAGAACAAGGAGUCCAGGACUAACAUCCUGGAUAACCUGCUCUCCCGGAUGGAGCUUUACGCCAACAACCUGGAGGAGCUGGUGGAGGAGCGGACUCAGGCGUACCAUGAAGAGAAACACAAGGCCGAGAACCUGCUGUACCAGAUACUGCCUCAUUCGGUGGCGGAGCAGCUGAAGAGGGGGGAGACGGUUCAGGCCGAGGCCUUCGACUCGGUCUCGAUCUACUUCAGCGACAUCGUGGGAUUCACCGCCAUCUCAGCAGAGAGCACGCCGCUGCAGGUGGUGACGCUGCUCAACGACCUCUACACCUGUUUCGACGCCAUCAUCGACAACUUUGACGUUUACAAGGUGGAAACGAUUGGCGACGCCUACAUGGUGGUGUCGGGGUUGCCGGUGAGGAACGGGAAUCUGCACGGGAGGGAAAUCGCCCGCAUGGCGCUCGCCCUGCUGCACGCCGUGCGAACGUUCGAGAUCUGCCACCGGCCCGAGCAGCAGCUGAAGCUGAGGAUAGGAGUACACAGCGGUCCGGUGUGUGCGGGGGUGGUGGGUCUGAAGAUGCCGCGCUACUGUUUGUUCGGAGACACGGUCAACACGUCGUCACGCAUGGAGUCCAGUGGCGAAGCGCUGAAGAUCCACGUGUCGGCGGCGACUCACGACGUCCUGCGGGAGUUUAACUGCUUCCAGCUGGAGAGGAGAGGAGACAUCGACGUGAAGGGCAAAGGGAAGAUGACCACCUAUUGGCUCCUGGGAGAGAGCGACAGCCAAUGAAAAGAUAGCUUUCAGGGGACAGAGAGGAGGGGACGGAGGGACUCCUCUCCUCCUUUUUCAUUUAUGAUGGGUUCAGACGAGAGGAAAAGGCUGGUGCUCUCUCAACGUCCAAGGUUCAGAGCUCCACUGCUGGCUCGGCUCUUUAUCAGAGGUUCAGGGAGUCACCAGACGUAGAUUAGACUGCACUCACAAUGUACAUGCAUGGAGAAGAGGGAGAGUGUUAAGCACGGACAGAGGAGGACUUUCUGAAAGCUGUGCAGGGACAGGAGGUGAAGGAGGAGCAGAGACAUGCAAAGACAACCACAAUAACGUUCUACCGUGUGCUGCAGAUCUCAUGUGUUGUACGAGUUGAGGUGGGUUUACGGGUGACUUGCAGGUUGUACACCAACAGCUCUGCAGAGGACUCUUCCAUGGGAGCUCCAACACUGAGAGGCUGCAAAGGACUCCUUUCCUUUUUCAGGUCUGAUGGAUUCAGACUUGAGGAAAAUGCUGCUGCACGGACGACGCACCUGCAAGAACUUUUUUUUUGCAAAACCUAGAGAGUGAGGAGCGCUGACAGAGAACCAAUAAUAACGUCAGAUGGUGUGCUGCAGGUCUCAUGAGUUGUGUGUGCAGUUGGACGGCUCCCCCCUCUAACACCUUUAGUGCUGCAUAGCUUGGUGUUUCCCUCAUGAAAGGGUCAUUUUUGGCAGUGUUAUCACUUUACAUCUUCCCUAAUUGAAGACUUCCUAACAAUAGGGCGGAGGAUAUCACCCCGGUUUUUCUACAUAUUGUACCGUGGUGUUAGCAUCCUGUAAUUCACUGUAACAAAAGAAAUACAGAAAAGGCUCUAGUGCCUUUUUGACAUUAGUUAUCAUAAAGAGGAAUAAGCACUGAGUAAAUGAAGACAAACGCACAUCAGGACUGUUAAACAUCAGGCCAUUACUUCAAAAUAAAUCCAAUUAUUCAGUAAAUUAAUAAGUGUUCAUAUUACAUAACACAUCAGCCCAUACCAAAGUGUAUUAAUAGAUGAACUGGUGAUGAAAUCUGACCUCUAAACAACACUCUUCUUCAGUUUACCAGUGAGAAGACUUCCUCAGAUGAAUACUAACUGGUUGGUUUCGUAAAUGUAAGUUUGGUUCGUUAGAUUAGCCAUUAGCCGCCUUUUCUACAGUGGAUGAAACGGGGCUCACUGCUGUUGAGCGUGACUUCUGUGAUCAGGUGGACUGUAGCAGGGCUCAUUCACAUUUCAACCAUCCAUCAACACCUCGCUGAAGUUGCUCAAUGAUGGCCAGCUUUGGAAAACAUCAGUAAACAUGAUUAGAUCUCAGUGCCCGUUCUCUGUAAAUGUUUCCUUGUUUGUUUUUCAAUUAAAAAAAUGCAAUAACUUCAA